GUUAAAUAUCCAAUUCGAAGCUGUUUAAAGUUCAUUUUGCAUGCUACCCGUGCAGUGUUUUAAAAUUAAAUUUAGAUUUUCUUUAAUUUUUUUUAAUUAACAGGAUACCAGAUAUAGUUCUUUUAUUAGUUUUACUACUUCAUGUUCUUGCAUGAUCUACGUCAACAAACGGCGAAACAGAAAGUUGGCCCUUUUCCUCUUCCAGUUCCCUGCUCUCAGUUCAGAGAAAGCAGUUGCCGGCGGGUAUGCGUUCCGAGGUGUUGCAAGACUUAUUCAAGCAUGAUCUUGGAUAUUCUCUCUUCGUGGGAUUGAAAUGGAAAAGCAUUCACCAAGUUAUAUUCAAACAAACCACAGCUCUGAAGACAGGGAUGGGGAAAAUUACAGAUAUUUUAGUAUCAAAUUUGUGAAAGAGAUUGAGUAUGAUGAUUCCUCAUCAUCACAAGAAGACCUGGAUCAUGAAUGCAGGGAGAAGGUUAGGAGAGACUGGAGCCUUAAAGAUGGUUCAGAUGUGAAGGAUCAACAAUCAAAGAAAAAUGAAGAAGAACUUGAAGUGAAACAGUUGGCGGCUAUACCAGACACAGGAGUAACCAAUCUUAUUGAAGCAUGGAGACAACAGACCAGUCAUUUUCAGACAAUGGUUGAAAAGAAUGAUGAGCUGCUGGAGAUGAAUCUUCACCUAAUGCAGGAAAUGUCCACAAUAAAGACCAGUAAUGUUCACCUACAGGAAGAACUUGCUGAUGUGAGGCAGUAUGUUGAAAAUAUGAAGAGAGAUCUGAAGCAAAUGGUCCCUACUUCUACACAUUUGUCUAAAAAAUAUCAGGAUUUGGCUGUAUCGACAUCUGACCAUGCCACUUGUAGUACUGCAAGUACAUCUUCAUAUGAAACCACAAGUACCUCAACACCAACAACUCCAUGGUUCACAGUUAAAGAUCCUAAAGAUGAUGAUAAUUUACAAAAGAACAGUGAUAUUAUCUGUGAAACACCCAAGACCUCAACUUCUGGUACUUGCACAGAGACUGACAAGGAAAGAAGUUGUACUGCUAUUUCUGUACAGAAGACUGAAAAACAAAACUACCUCAACUCUGAGAGUUCCCAUUCAAUCCUUAUGAGAAAAUUUUCAAACGAUCAAAGUAGUUCUAGGACUUCCUUUGUUUCCGCUGUUAACUUUGAUAAUGUAAUAUUAAAUGCACAUGCGGAAAGCAACCUUCCUUCUGGGGAAAACACAGCUGUAAAUGGAGGUCAAACUAAUCCAGAUUAUAGGCUCACAAGGAAUCAGUUCUCAAAUGAUCACAGUAAUCGCACAGAAGAUUUCACAAAUGCUUUUUGGCCCAUUGGUGACCAAGAUGAAACACCAACUGCAGAAAUUGAGGAUGUUCUUAUCAGAAGUUCAUCUUCAUCAAAGUCAUCUUCACUGCUGCAGUCAUCUGGGAGUCAUGAUGGUAGUUUGUCAAAGAGAGAGAGCUGGAACCAAAUAACAGGCAACAGAUCUGUUACUUUCUUGGACAAUGUUACAAGCACGUCGAAGAUGGAAAAUGUGCCUGAGGAGAGAAGUAAGAAUGAGGAUGUUCUUAUCAGAAGUUCAUCUUCAUUAAAGUCAUCUUCACUGCUGCAGUCAUCUGGGAGUCAUGAUGGUAGUUUGUCAAAGAGAGAGAGCUGGAACCAAAUAACAGGCAACAGAUCUGUUACUUUCUUGGACAAUGUUACAAGCACGUCGAAGAUGGAAAAUGUGCCUGAGGAGAGAAGUAAUUCCUUGAUGCAUUCCUUUUCAAGGGGCUUGUUGGAAAGGACAGAAGAUUUGAGUGGUACCAUCCAGAAUAUUACUGCAGCUUCAAUGUCCUCAUCUAAGGAGAUAUGUGUAAAAGACAGCAUAGAAGAAAUUAGUUCUUUAUCUAAGCAAGAAGACAAAUUUCCUUUUCAUGAUGCCUUAAUCUCUAGUGAUGAUGCACACCAUCAGUCUGAAACGCCCUCAGGAGCCUCAGGUUUACUGAAUGAGAGAAAUGAUUACGUUGAUAAAGAGCCUGACGCUUCGGACUACCAGAACAGCAGUCUAAAAGAGAAAAUGCCAGUUUCUUCAAGCCAUGAAAAAGUGCCAUUGGGCCGCUCCGGCUCACCCACCACAGCAGCCGGGCCCUCUGUCUGGAACUCUGACUCGUCAUGUGGACCAUUGCCAUCACCUCCUAGAUACCGCUUCAUGUUUCCAUGCACCGUUAGUAUCCUUCAAGAAAAAGUCAAGCAACUGCGCUUCAAUGAAAAAAGGGCUAAGUCAGCAUCAGGGCAUGAAAAAGACAGUUCACAGAGACAGUCAGCUGGGGCUCAUCCUCAGGAUGGUUACCAAACUUCAAAUUCCGAUCGUCUGAUCACUGCCCGUGAAGAUGGAGAAACGAAUUCUUCCAAUUUAGACAUACGCCAGCGUGAUGACAGUUUGGAUCCCCGUAAUGCUUGGAAGAGACUGGCGAAAACCUACUUAUCAAGUAGGGGUUGUUCGCGGUUUGCAGAUUUGAGUGCCCAACUUUUGUAUGCAUCGAGAAUCAGGAAUUUACAGCUCGCUACUGCAAGCAGACCAGCCACCGCGCCGUAUCAACGCACAGACUCGAACCCGCGUUCCAAUGGUUUAUUAAGAACUGAGCUUUCAAGUCAAGGUUUAGGUACUCCAGACGCAAAGGAAGUAGCUGGCUUUUCUUCUUCUUACAUCUGUAUCUUUGCAUGCCACGCGAGGCUCGUGCGUCUAGACCCGCGUGGCAUUAGAUGUGACAACAAGAUGCUGCACCCGAGCGUAGAGUUUGUGGAGGUUCAGAUACUAAACCUUAAUGAGCCGGGUGUGUACAAAGUCGUGAUGCUGUCCGGCGCGCGCGUAUGUGCCAGCCACUUCAUCAGCAAAAGCAUGAUCCUGCAGUCACUGGGGAGAAGCAGCUUGUCUGCCCAAAAGAGCAGAAGCUUGCAAGAGACGCAGAGAGACGGCAGCGUGCAAGGCAGUGUGACGAGGGAGCUUAACCCCAGCAGCUCGGCCAGCCAGCAGCAGGGGAAACUGGAUGUCAAAGACCGCUACAAGAGCGGCAGCAGAUUUGCUGCAGUGGUGGAAGCUCUUCGUUCCUCUAAAGCCACCACCACCACCACACAGGAAGUUACUCCAGGGGGUUCCAAACUGACGCUAGGCUCGUUGGGACCUGGGUGGAUCUACACGGCGCUGGACAUGUCCUCCAAACCUCUGCACAUGCAAUGCUUCGUGCUAGUGUUCCCCACCCAGAAACUGGCCAUCCAGUUCAAGGCCGUCUUCAACAGGUGCCGCGAGGAAGUGCAGCAAGCUAGCGACAGUAUCUUGGUGGCUUUGAGCACCUAUGGGCGGCGGAAGACGCAGGAAAAUGCAAACUGGUCGUGUAUGCACUCGGACGCCGGAGAAGGUGCUGCUGAGCUGAUGACGUCAUCAGAAAUCUUGAAGGAUUGUCAGAGGGCUGUGUUUCAUGCCGGCGAGAGGCAGAGAAGUCCGAGACAACGAAAAGAACUGAUUCUGGAGCACAGCAACGAUGCUGCUGCACACGUGUAGCUAGUUCAGGGGGUCUCUUUGGCAAUAAUUCCUGUACCAGAAAACCUGCAUCAGUUGGAAAAAACGGCUACAGCACCGCUGGCGUAAUGACCAGUAACAAGACUGCAUUACUGACAGCAGGUCCGAGGUCAUGACCUCGCGAAGGUCGGCGUGUCAAUGUAUCUUCCUGCCUGCCUCUGCUUUGAUAACCAGAUCUGAACCCUGCUGCUCGUGGGUAGAGAAGGCAGGAUCUCACAGGACUAGAGGUGAUUGUUGGGGGCGUUGCCGCACAGAGCCUGGUUAACCCUAGUUUCGAUGCUUGGAGACACAGCAUCGGAGGCGCCGUUGGCACUGAAGACGUCGUGUUCUGUGAAGAAAGUGAUCUUGACAUAGCGACUUAUCGUCGAGAAACUUGGAGGAAAGAUGCAGAACGCUGUCACAAUUCAUCGGAACAUCGUGUGAGCUCGUUGAGAAACUGCAGCUGCAACUGCAUGAAUGCGAACGACGGCGAAGAAGCUACGCCCUUUGCAGACUUGGACAAUGAAAGAAGCUCGCAAAGCUUUACAACGGCAGUAAGAGUCCCGCCCAUUACGGGAGACAGCGUGGAGCUGCAUGAUACCAUGGAUACCAUGCGAUGUUCGAGUUACGAGGAGAAUGCACUCAAGAUCCCUGGAAGUACGUCUGCUGAGAGUACGGCAGCACACACCGGCACAGCGCACAAAGCGAGCUCAGGGAACUCACCCAGGUGGAAAGAUCAAGAAGAGACGCUGGCUUUCAGAGCCUACAUCUCAAAGAAGAGGAGAAGGGUAGACAAGCGUCGUGCACGGAAGCUGUGUGGCAGUCAUGUGCGCCAAUCAGAGCCAUCGGACUUGGCCCAGAGACGACAGUCGAGACGGAUUGUCUGGCCAAGUCGAGGGCUAAAGAAGGCCGGUUGAAAGGUGGCCGUCAAAGCCAUGGAACCGCCACCGAUGCUUUCUUUGCGUCCGGCAGGCUAAAUACAACUGCUAGAUCAGAUGUUGAUUUCCUUAGCUCAGAACUGCAGAUGGACACCCCACUAUGGAGGUCUCUCGGUUACCUUGGCGCGGAGGCGAAAGACGGCGGCCCGGUGACCUCAGACUUGAACUGGCAAGGUCAGGUAGACGGCGUGACGGACAUGACAGAAGUUUUCGUGGAGUACACGUGCUCCUACUGCCAGGACGAGGACUCGCUUUCGAUCGCUUCUGACGACAAUUUCCUCUCGUUGGAAGAGGACGACGAAGAGAAUGGGGCAGACGAGAAGAACGCAGCAAAUGAUCCCAACGAUCAGGGAGAAGCUGGCAGGAACACCUUGCCGAACGAUCCGCAACCAACAGGUUCUCACCAAUCGACAUUAAAGGCAACAUCGCAGUCAACCUGCCAGCCGCUGUAGCUGUCCAGACGAACACCGAGACCUUGGAGAGAAGUUGGGGCUUAGCUGGGGAAGUCAUCAGAGGAGAACAGAAGGAAGGAACACACGAGAAGCCGUCACUUGGGGAUUCCGAGAAGCUAAUGGCACAGCCGCAAGAUGUUCCGGUCGCCGGCCGUGCCCUUGCCUGCCGCUCGACCACGUGCAGCCAGAUUUCCUUGCGGAGCGGCCCUGCAGAAGAGAAACAGCGAGCGCGCAGUCCUGCUGUUAGAUAUGGUGGCCAUCCAGACUUCCGCCACCAUCAGGGCCCCUAUGGGGUGAUGAAGAGAGACGAGGCGCGCUCACACAACGGCGACGGAGUGGGCGCGCAGGUGCAGUGGACAUGGCUAACGGGCAACGAACCACAGGCGCGGCGUCCCUUAUCCAGACAGGACGACCAGGCUGGUGAGCACCUGCGCCGCCUAGCUGAGAGGAGCAUCAUCGGUCAGGGAGCCAGGGAGAUUCGCGUGAGUCCAGGGGACGCCUCCUGCAACAUCCUUCAGUUAGCGGGAACAGCUGUUCCACCCUCGCCUCCAGCCGCACCCCAGAUUCCACUUUCGCUGAAGAUGAGGCCGUGGUCGUGAGUCGCCGUGAUGCUUACUCCUUUCACACGCCUAGGUCGGGAAAGUACAGGGUGACUGGUGUUUCCGAAAGCCGUCUGUGCAGGAGGGAUUCUCCAGGCAGGAGCACCACCCGCGGGGAUGACGCGUCUCCGCCGACGACUAGUGCGGGUAGGUCGCAGGCAAGAAGAGGAGCGUGGCCGUGUACUGCGCACCCUGGAUGGACGGAUCUCGACGGUGGGGGAGUGGGGUUGUCUACGUCCUGCUGUGUCCGCAUCGUUCGGGAGGGAGACAGAGCUGCUCGCCUCAUCGUCACGCAGCUCAAGGAUGACGUCGUCCUCUGCAAUCGAGUUAUCGACGCCGGGUUGAUCAUCACCCAGCCGCCCAAGAAAUCUCCAGGCAAAGUGGUGCGCCUCGUCAUGUCCGCCUGGCACAAGGGUAAGCGCAUGAAGGUGGCGCUGUGGCUACGCUUCCGGUCCUCCAAGAUGGCCGACCAGUUCAUCGUGGCCUUAAGGGAAGCGCCGAGGAUCAGAUAGCUCCGCAAAGACUGCUGAUUAUUUUUUCUACUUAUUUGUUUGUUUAUUUUUCAAGGCUUGCAAUUCAGAAGAGAGUGCGUAGAAAAAUGCUGAAAGUUUCCCCAUCUCCUUUACAGCUAUGCUGAGCUGUAUGAUCAUGUGUGUGAAUGUACAUUGUAAUGUCUUCUGCUUUACCUAAACGCUGCUAACGAAAAAAGUAAAUAAGCCUGUUGUUACUUGUAAUAUUGGGGCUUGUGUCCCGACAUAGAACAGUGCAUUAUAGAGACAGGAAGCGGUAUGCGUUCUCAUUCUUGGUAGAAGAGAAUGAAUUGACCCCUGGUGGUAGCCUCUUGCCAUUGCAUCUCAUUAUGUGAAGUGGCUCUGGUGGGGGCGAAAAUCCAGCACACACAAGAACACGUGCACUUGCAAAUUACACUAAUGAACCCGUUCGAAUGAGUAGGCUUCUGGGAGAGGGGUAAUUCUCAUGACAAAUGUAGGUGAUCUCUUAGGGUACGCAGCAGAAACAAAAUAUACACAGAAGUUUGAAAAUCUUCCCUUUCAGCAUGUGAUACGCGGGCUGUGUAAUGUCUCCCAUCCGGAGAUGUUAUUAGAGUAGAAAAAGCCACACGAAAAUAUCAAACAUCAGAAGUGUGCAAACCUUUCAUGAUUGUUGAUUUAUUGAGUUUGUGGAACUAUAGUUGUAUAGGUUUCUCGACAGCUUUACACGUUCUUUCUACAUAAUUGAAUUGUUUAGGGUUAGUUGUAAUAUUUUAAUCGGUAACCGGGUAUAUUCCUGGUGGAAUUUAUUAUUUGUUAGGCGAUGCUAGUGCAGAUAAUUGUGUGCGUGUUCUUGGAACUUCGGUAAUUUUUUUUUCUUUUCCUUUUAAUGUAUCUCAUCUGCAGUGUACAGAUUCAGUGGGCAACUGCUUUUUUCUCGAUUACUCUUAGUUACCUUUUCAAACCAUGCUUUAGCGAAGGCAAUGCAGCAGCAUCUGUUCUUAUCUAGACAAAGAAUAUUACAUAUUGCGACGAUUGUUACCGUAUAUCUUUUUACAAUGAUUUUGUCAACCAUCGUUUUUCAUAUAUCGUUGUGCAAUAAACUAUACACGGGACUGGUC